AUGGACGACAACGUGAGCGUGAAGAAGGCGGCCAUCAUAAUCAUGAUCAGGAGUAUACCCAUCAACGUGAGCAUCAACAUCAGCAUCAGCAUCAGCAUCAACAUAGCCAACAUCAUAGCCAACAUCAUCAUCAACACGAACAACGCCCAAAAUAGCUCCAGGACUUUCCAUCACGAGGGGGCCGGCGCACACGCAUGGCAGAGGUCCGAAGAGGCCCUGGGCAAACAAGCCCAGGGCCACAAGACCACGACCGGAAAGGGGCAGGCCGGACAGGGGGUGACCCCGGCGUCGACAGGCGCCCAGACGGGUGGCGACGACAGGGCGGCAGCAGCAGCAGCAGCAGCGACAGCGAGGGGCGGGGAGGCUGUACGGCCGCAGACGGCCGAUGCAGCGUCGGAUGAACACGAGUGCGUCUGGAAGGAGCGGUACCUCGUCCUAGCGUCCGAGGUGCACGAGCUGAGGGUGGCCAUGUCGGACCUGCGGGCGUCGGAGCUGGCGUGGCACGAGGCCCACGACGUGGCGCUGGGCCGCGGGGACGAGGACGAGCUCGGGCUCGAGGGCCUGACCAUCGUCGUCCACAUGAAGGGCAAGGACGACCUUGUCAUCAACACCGACUUGAGGGAGGCUUGA